GGAGAGAAUAGAGAACGGUAACGGACUUCAGAAUAAGACAGUUCGUGACGGAAUCUCAAAACUUUCGUUCCAAAGGCUGACUCGUAACUCGCAGUUAUCGUGAUGGCAAGACACGUUUCCUGGACGACCAUGAUCUUUGCGACAAUAAUCGUCGCGUUUCUGCUCGGAUUGAUAGCUGAGAUCGCAGCAACGAUAGCACAACCAAAGGCACCUAAUUUCCAAUACUUCGAACGGCCUAAAUACCGCUAUCCAUACUACGAUGAAAAUGGCAGAGGAAAAUUACUCUACGGCUAUGGUGGACCAGAUCUAUAUCAAUACAAAACUUACAGUGCCCUCGAGGGAAUUCAUUAAGACAACAUGGAGCACUAAGUACGCUAUUAAGUCAACUAAUUAAUGAACAUUCGAUAAAGAGCAACUGAUAUUAUAUAGGGCGAUCGUUUGCAAAAUGAUACAUAGUACAUACACGAUUUUGCUUCCGAUUGCAAGAAAAUCAUUUUAUCACGUACUGUA